AUGUCAUUUAUGUUGCAACAUUUAAAUAGCGGUUGGGCAGUUGACCAAGCUAUAUUAAAUGAGGAAGAGAGGUUGGUUUGUAUACGUUUUGGUCAUGAUUAUGAUCCUGAUUGUAUGAAGAUGGACGAACUAUUAUAUAAGGUGGCAGAAGAUAUUAAAAAUUUUUGUGUAAUAUACUUAGUAGAUAUAACUGAAGUUCCUGAUUUUAAUACAAUGUAUGAAUUGUAUGACCCAGUUUCUGUUAUGUUUUUUUAUCGUAAUAAACACAUGAUGAUUGAUUUAGGUACUGGUAAUAAUAAUAAAAUUAAUUGGCCCAUGAAUAACAAACAAGAAUUUAUCGAUAUAGUUGAAACUAUUUUUAGAGGAGCAAGAAAAGGAAGAGGAUUAGUUAUAUCACCUAAGGAUUAUUCAACUAAAUAUAAAUAUUAA